AUGAACGAACAGAGUAUCAACGACUACGACAUUGUAUCAAGUGAAAAUAAGCGGUCUGGAGCAGAAGAAAGAUGGGUAUCAUUCCAACCAUUCCUGCUUUCCAAAGGUUACCGACUACGCCCUCGGUAUCAUCCGGAUUGGGUUCCGUCGUGGAAGGCUACUGGUCUGCGAGCAGACUACUGCGAGGAUAGUAUAGAUUGUAUGCCGUUGCGUGUUCUAGAUGCGAUACGAGUCGCUGAUGAGAGCCAAGUUAUGAUAAAAGUGUUGGUCCCGAAAAAGGGAGAAGGGGAAAAUGAGUUACCCAUAGUGCAACUUUUCUCGAGUGCUUCGCUCAAAGACGACCCUGCGAAUCAUGUCGUCCCCUGUCUGGAGACCUUUCCCAUCCCAGGCGAUGAGCCGGGCCACUUCAUAGUAAUGCCUCUGCUUGGUCAAUACGACGAGAUACGAUUUGAACGAAUCCAAGAGAUUCAUGACUUGCUGAAGCAAUUGUUUGAGGCAAGCAGUAGAAUAAUUUUCUAG